CACUAAAAAACUAACACGCCUAAUUCUAAUUUCAAUUCUUAAUUCAAAAUUUCACAAAAUCAAAUAAAUUAAAAACAUGCCAUAUUGCCAUGGACGCAAAGAAAUCAACAAACUUAAGCAUUCGUCAUCAUCUUAUUCUUCUUCAAUAGGCAUGAAUUCUUCGAUUAAUUCUUCAUCUUCUUUACAAAUUCUCUCUUUUCGAUCCGGCAUUAUUGCCUUGAUUCUCACAUCGUCGCUUUUACGACUCUCUUUCUGCCACCAACUAUCUUCAAAUGAAGAAGAAAGAGGAGUUUUAAGGCGUCGGAAGUUGUUAGGGUUCAAGGAAAAACCAAGUGGUUCAAAUACUACAUUUGAAUGCUCUCCUUCUGGUCCUUGUGUUCCUUGUCAGUAUUCUGAAAAGAGUGAUGACAAAUAUCGCUGCAGUGAAACUGGAUACCGUAUCCCUUUUAAAUGCCUCAAGACUGGAGAUGUAGCUAAGGGAACAGGUGAUAAAGGCUCUCAGAAGAGCCAAUCUACUCAAGGACCUGUUAAUGCAGACAAUUCUGAAGUUAAGCACAGGACGUUAGCAUAUAGUGACUCUCAACAUAAUGGUGAAUCCCAAGAGUAUGUUACCUAUAGAAGUUGUAUACAAGGUGUAAAUGAAGAGAAGCUUUCAGUUCUUGGUUUUGAGGUUCUUGUAUUGGGUCUGUUGCUCGUCAGUGGAUCAUUUGUAUUCUUCAGGCGGAAAAAGGCUGUAGCAAUGGCUGGAGUUGGAAAUGCUAGAGUGCAGAAUAACUCUAGGUUUUAGGAGAUUCUUUUAGUCCGGUUUAAAGUCGGGCUCAUUUGUGUAGUGAUAUCUUUUUGUGUAAUGAAAGCACUUGACCUGAAAUCGAUAACAUUACUGAAAUGGGGUUGUUAUUUUGAUCCUAUUAAUCAAAUGAUGCUGCGGCUAGUCAACUGUGAGAUUAAUGGUGUUCAUGGUUGUCCAAAGUUAUCAAAAACCUUGAUUCUGCUUCUGGAAUGAGCAAAAUGCAAAACACAAAUUCAUGUGAGAGACAAUCUCUCUUUGAAAGAUCAUUCGUUAUUUGGCAAGCCCAUUAUCAUCUUUUAGUUUAUUUAAGCUUUAUUAGGCUGAGCCGUCUCAGGAGACUGGCUAAAUGCAAAAUAUGUACAUGUACGUGUCUGGUGUUUCUCAAAUGUCUGACCUGAAUUUGAGAUAUCU